AUGUCGUCAACUCAUUCAAAAGCUCCUAACGUGGAAAUUAAAUAUACACAAAUUUUUAUUAAUAAUGAAUGGCAUAAAGCAGCAAAUGGUAAAACAUUUCCAGUUAUCAAUCCAAGUACAGGCGAAGAAAUUUGUCAAGUAGAAGAGGGCACUAGAGCUGAUGUUGAUAAGGCAGUUCAAGCUGCUCGCAAAGCUUUUGACAUUGAAUCACCUUGGCGUAAAUACGAGCCUGUUGCACGUGGUAAUUUAAUGCGAAAAUUUGCUUCUCUUCUUCGACGUGAUGUUGAUUAUUUAUCGAAAUUAGAAACUCUUAAUAAUGGCAAAUCAGUUGAAGAUAGUAAAGGUGAUAUUUUUGCAUCAGCUGAUUGUAUCGAAUAUUAUGCUGGAUGGGUUGAUAAAAUUACUGGUGAAACCAUUCCUGGAGCACAUGAUCAGGUUAUUUUUACUCGUCAUGAACCAAUCGGUGUGUGUGGACAAAUCAUUCCAUGGAAUUAUCCGAUUAUGAUGAUGGCUUGGAAAUUAGGUCCAGCGUUAGCUUGUGGCUUUCCACCAGGUGUUGUUAACAUUGUACCAGGUGAUGGACCUGAAUGUGGCAAUGCCAUAUCUGUUCAUGAAGAUAUUGAUAAAGUAGCUUUUACAGGUUCAGUUGAAGUAGGAAAGAAAGUUCAAGAAGCUGCAGCUAAAUCAAAUCUUAAACGUGUUUCACUUGAACUUGGUGGCAAAUCUCCAUUGAUCAUUUGUGAAGAUGCUGAUCUCGAUUAUGCUGUAUCCGUUGCUCAUCGAGCUAUUUUUACUAAUGCUGCACAAAAUUGUACUGCUGGAUCUCGUACAUUUGUUCAUUCGAAAAUCUAUGAUGAAUUCGUUGCUCGAAGUGUUGAACUAGCUAAAAAUCGUGUUGUUGGUGACCCAUUUGAUCCUAGUACUGAACAAGGUCCACAGAUUAAUGAUAGUCAAUUUCAAAAGAUUUUAACUUAUAUUGAAUCUGCUAAAAAAGAUGGCGCUAAAUUAGAAUGUGGUGGUGAACGAGCUUGUGAUAAAGGUUAUUUUAUUAAACCAACAAUCUUUAGUGGUGUCAAGGAUAACAUGAAAAUUGCUCGUGAAGAAAUCUUUGGUCCUGUAAUGUCCGUAUUAAAAUUUGAUUCAUAUGAAGAAGUUAUUAAACGAGCUAAUAGUACAUCUUUUGGUCUUGGUGCUGGUGUAAUUACAAAAGAUUUAACACGUGGUCUUACAUUUGCCCAACAAUUACAAGCUGGAUCUGUUUGGGUAAAUGAUUAUGAUGCUGUAUGUAAUCAAGCACCAUUUGGCGGUUUUAAACAAUCAGGUCAUGGACGUGAAUUAGGACGAUAUGGUCUUGAAGCAUAUUAUGAAGUCAAAACAGUUGUUGUCAAACUUAUUUAA